GCUGCGCGGUGAGAGCCGCCAGGCGCUUCUCCCAUCACGGUCAUCCUCUCUCCGUCUUCAUACAAUGUUAUCUAUAUUCUCUAAACCAUUCAUCGACUGCUAAACUCAAGGUUUUGGAUUGAUUCUACCAUCUACAGUUUGCCAUGGCGACGGUGGUGAUGGAGCAGAUUGGCCGCCUGUUUAUCAACGCCCAGCAGCUGCGUCAGAUCCCUCAGCUGCUGGAGUCGGCCUUCCCCACGCUGCCUUGCACUGUGAAGGUGUCCGAUGUUCCCUGGGUGUUCCGCGAACGUCACAUCCUCACCGGCUACAGACAGCCGGACCAAAGCUGGCGCUACUACUUCCUCACCCUCUUCCAAAGGCACAAUGAGUCCCUCAACGUGUGGACCCACCUGCUGGCCGCAUUCAUCAUCCUGGUGAAGUGGCAGGAGAUGUCGGAGACGGUGGAUUUUUUGCGAGACCCUCACGCUCAGCCCCUCUUCAUUGUCCUCCUGGCAGCCUUCACCUACCUCUCCUUCAGCGCUCUCGCUCAUCUCCUCUCCGCCAAGUCCGAGAUCUCCUACUACACCUUCUACUUCCUCGACUACGUGGGGGUCGCUGUCUACCAGUACGGCAGUGCCCUGGCGCACUACUACUACGCCAUAGAGAAAGAGUGGCACACUAGGGUGCAAGGGUUCUUUUUACCCGCUGCAGCAUUCUUGGCCUGGCUUACUUGCUUCGGCUGCUGCUAUGGCAAAUACGCGAGUCCUGAGCUGCCAAAGUUCGCCAUCAAGCUCUGCCAAGUGGUGCCCUCAGCUUUGGCUUACUGUUUAGACAUAAGCCCUGUGGUCCACCGCAUCUACAGCUGCUACCAGGAGGGCUGCUCCGACUCGGUUGUGGCGUACCAUUUGUACCACGUGCUCUUUUUCCUAAUCAGCGCCUACUUCUUCUGCUGCCCUCAUCCAGAGAGUUUGUUCCCUGGGAAGUGUGACUUCAUCGGGCAGGGCCACCAGAUCUUUCACAUAUUCGUGGUGGUGUGUACCCUGACGCAGAUCGAAGCGCUGAAAACAGACUUCAUGGAGCGCCGUCCCUUCUACGAGCGCCUUCACGGCGACCUCGCACACGACGCCGUUGCACUCUUCAUCUUCACUGCCUGUUGCAGUGCCCUUACUGCGUUUUAUGUGCGUAAUCGUGUCCGUGCCUCUCUGCUCGAGAAGGAGGAUUAAGAGUUGAAACGAGAAAAGAAAAAAAGCCUAAUUUAUUUUCCUCUGUAGUGACCAUUCAUUCAAAUAUGUCCAAUGUUUUUGUCGAUGAAAGUUAUCAAUUUGUGAUAGUGACUUGUCAUUAUUUCUUCUCUAUGUGAUCUGCCAAACAACAGUGAAAAAAAAGAUGGAGGGUGUGUUUUUGUGACUUACAAUGAAGAAAUGGGAAUCUUCUAAUUUGUCUGUAGCAAUACAGGUAGUAUUUAAACACUGGAAAGAGUCCCUGCAUCUCAACUCUGCUCUUGUAUUAGUCUGUUUUUAGUAAUGGUCUAAAAGAAUGUGGUUUUACUUCACCGUACAAAAAAUACACUUUCUGUCAAGGUGAGCAGGAAAACUAAGAGACUAGUUUCUUAAAAAUGCCUUUUACCAAAUUGUAUUUAGAAUAAUCUGACUGUUUUAAUUAAAUUGUAACAUUUCAAAUCAUGCAAGCAUUUCUUUUUUACAAUUGUCCCAUAACACUUUGUAUAUUUCAGUCAGAUAAUAAUUCCAACCCAAUUUAAAUUGCUGGUCUUGAUAUAUAUUUCUGACACUUUUGAUUCUGCCCCGCUCUUUAGGGAUCAAAGCAGGGAUUCAGUUUUUUUAUUUAUCGAGGCGCUAACACUGUGCCACACUGAUGUUUAAACAUAUUCUCGAGAAGUUAAGAACCCAAUUUGAAAACCAAAUAUUGUACCUCUUAUUAAAAAAAAAUAAAAAAAGAGGAGAUUUUCUUUGGGUGAUAACGUUCUGGAAUUAUGUUGAAAAUGAGGCUGGCUCUCAGUAUUGGUAAAGAGAUGGAUAGAAGAUUACUGAUGUCUCUUUGUUGUCGUGACAAUGUUGAUCUUUUUUAUUCAAAGGGCUGGAACUUCAGCUUUUGCCUUUUCAUCUCCCAUGAUGUCAAAGCUUUUGCGCUCAUUGUUUUCAUUGUCGGUUGAUCAGAUUUGAGUCACAAAAACCGCGUCUGACUGGUGUUCUGCUUUCAGUAUGUUUUCUUUUUGUAUGAUGAAUAUGUACGUGCCUCUAUGCAUGUGUUUUGGUAUAUACUAUGGAUAUUAAGUGUGUGAAUGUCUAUGAAAGCUUAGCCUUGCACUUCUUUCUUACCCUGUAAAUAAGCUGUAUUUCUCUAGAAAGUCAUUUGCAUCCCAUUUUCGCUCCACCUAAUAGCACUCAGAACUGAAUGCAUCCUUUCUCUGGUGGAAAACAGCACAUUACUGUCUUGAUGCAUCCAUUCAGAGUGUGUUUUGUGUUCAGUGUCCUGCUGCCUUUGAAUUCAUUGGCUAUGAAUACAUAAUUUCAUACUGUUGCACUGUUACACUGAAGAGUCCCUAUCCCUCUUUUCUCUUAGUUUGAUGACUUUUGUUAUAAAAAAUAUCACACAGAUAAGGCUCACUGAUAAUGUUGCUUAGAUUUUUACCUCACAAAAUCUUUAAAUGUCAGAAAUGAUCUAUAUUCCUUACAGCACUCUCUGUUCAUGAUGGUGUUUAAUGUGCCAAUGAAUCUGUUAUUGCUUCAGUGACGGUACUACUGAGAGAUGAAUUCAGAGACAGACUGUCAGAAGUUGAUAAAUGAUGUCUUGACCUGACUGCGAACAUGUUACCGGUGAGAUUGAACCUUAACCUCCCUAAAUAUGAACCUUUCUAACUGUUGGCGUUACUGACCUGGUCUCAUCAUGCACUGCCUGAAAUCAACACUGUACAUACUGUAGCUGACAACACUGGCUAUGUUUACAUGCAUGGAGGAAUCUGUUGUUAAUGUGGUUAUUCUGGUUUUAUGUUGACUCUAACUCAGAGGAUCCUCCCUUGUUGUGCAUGGUUAUAAAUCCAUUGGCAACAAGAUAAAGGUUCUCAUUCACAAGGCUGAUUUUUGUAGAUCAAGUCUAUGGCGUCAUCGAAAGACUUCGUUACAGGCUAAUGAUAUCCAAUUGGCAAAUGAAGCCUGUAAAUCUCUCACCAGCCUUUCCUGUGACGUGAAUUUAUUGUCCUGAUCAAAAGAACCAAAAAUAUUACUACUGGGAUUAUAAUUUCUGUCCCAUGUGUUGGAGCUGCCGGAAAGUGACAAGUUUGUUUGACGCAACAUGGAUACUCUUAUCACAGAGUAUGUAAGUUGCAUGCCAAUUAAUCCUGAGAUCUAUGGAAUAUGGCCAGCACGUGUGUGUGUGUGUGUGUGUGUGUGUGUGUGUGUGUGUGUGUGUGUGUGUGUGUGUGUGUGUGUGUGUGUGUGUGUGUGUGUGUGUGUGUGUGUGUGUGUGUGUAAACGUAGCCUCUGAUGCCACCCAAGGUUUCCUUUCAUCCCUUUAUGAAAGCAGGGUGAGAGGGACCAGAAUGUCUUCUGCCUCUAAAAAAAUAUUUGUGACUGUACUAAUAUUCUGUUGUAUUUAAGAAAAUAAAGUGUUACAGUAACUUCCAA